AACGGCAUCUACUAGCUGAAGUUUGUUCAAUUUCUGUGUUCUCCAAAGGUCAAGGUCAAGGACGCUACAUUCGAACAUUUCUGACGCCAUGGACAGCACAAGUGUUUUCUUGACGUUGGUCAUCCUCCUGGUCUCAGUCUACGUCACGUGGGUUUACCUGUCUAACAGAGGUCUCCCGCCCUCGCCCGCUGUCUCACUGCCUGUUGUAGGCCACUUGCUGGCCAUGAACCCCAAGGAUCCUCGAAGUCAGAUGCAAAAAUGGCGAGAGAAACUGGGUGAUAUUUUCAGUUCCAUUGAAAAGAAGCAAUGGCAAAUUAUAUUUCGCAAUCCUUUCAGCUUGCGCCUGGGUCCCACAGUGGUCAUAGUACUCAAUGGCUAUGACGUAAUCAAGGAGGCGUUUGUAAAGAGAGGAGACGAUUUCUCAGACCGCCCAUUCUCUUACUUCGAUUGGGCAGGUGACUGCCACGGACUGGGCAUUAUAAUGUCAUCAGGCCCAAACUGGAAACAACAGAGAUCCGUGUCGUUAAGUAUUCUCCGAGACAUGGGCAUGGGCAGGAACGUUCUGGCUGGGACGAUACAGGAGGAGGUGGCGCAGUACCUCACACGUCUCAGCGAGUUGGACGAGACACAAGACGUCCGCCUUCUGACAAACAUCAGCGUCGCCAACGUGAUUUGUUCUGUGUUAGUGGGGCAGCGGUUUGACUACGAUGACCCGACGUUUAAAAGAGUUAUAGAGCUGAUCAACUACAACUUAUCAGCUGCAGCUGGUGUUGGGCCUACUCUCCUCAGUAUGUACCCCAUUUUACACUACCUCCCUGGUGAUAUUUUCAACACUGAUAUCAUCUUGAAGAACAUAAAAGAGAUUGGUGAGUUGUUCGUUCAUUACUUCAAAGAUCUUAAAGGUCGUAAAGAAUACAGCGAAACAAAUAUGGAUAGCUUUAUUGCUAACUACGUGUUUGAGAAAAACAAACAGGAUAAAAGUGGACAGGCGACCUAUCUUGAUGAGAAAAACUUGGCGAAGGUCAUAGAAGAUCUUUUAGUGGCAGGAGUUGAGACAACUAGCACUACCAUCAACUGGUUUCUCCUCUAUAUUCAGCACUACCCUCAAGUACAAAAGAAAAUCUUCGUUGAGAUCAACACUGAGAUAGGUACAGAGAGGACUCCAACCAUGCAAGACAGAAGCAAACUAAAAUAUCUGAACGCUGCAAUUAUGGAGACCCAGAGGAUUGGAAAUAUCACCCCUAUGGGUCUACCCCAUAUGUGCUCACGAGAUACUUCUUUCAGAGGAUUCAGAAUACCGAAAGGAGCAAAUAUUAUAGGGAAUAUGACGUCAAUCUUUUUCGACAAAACCAUUUGGGGGGAGGAUGUUGACACUUUCCGGCCAGAACGUUUUAUUGACGAGAUGGGUAACCUAAGACAUUUGGAAGAAUUUAUCCCAUUUUCGUUGGGCAGGAGAGCGUGUCUUGGGGAAGCCCUGGCGAAGAUGGAACUGUUUCUGUACCUCUCCUCAAUGUGUCAGCGGUUCCAAUGUUUGGCCCCAAACCCAGAUGCCCCUCCAAAGAUAACUGACGUCAUGGGAGUUACGAGAAAACCUGGACCUUUCCAAGUCAAAGUUGUUGAUAGACGUUUGUGAAUCUAGCCUUCAAGUUGGGACUUAGAGAGUAGUUCUGCAAACAAAGAUACAAAAUGAAGAAAUAUGAUCUAUCUAUCUAUCUAUCUAUCUAUCUAUCUAUCUAUCUAUCUAUCUAUCUAUCUAUCUAUCUAUCUAUCUAUCUAUCUAUCUAUAUGAGGUAUUUGUAGUCUAGGCUACUGUAACUCAUGUAUUUUAGUGAUCAUGUGUAUGCAGUUUUACUAUAGGUCCAACAUAGAGAAACGUUUUAUAUUAGUGGAUCACGAUUUUUAAAAAAUGUUUGGAUGCUGGCCUGCAAAAGAGCCAGUUUGUGGGGUUUCGUUGGCUUGGUAAAUUAAUAAAUGAGCCAGAAUUCUAUAAUGUUUUAAAAAAAUAUUUUUUCCUUCAAUGCAGGUAGCCGAAAGUGAACAAAAUAUAGAUGGGGUAACUGGCACGCGUCCUGGACAGGACAUUGCAGAGACUCAACAAGACGACAGUUUGUGAACUAAUACAGAAUUAUUGAAUGU